CAUUGAUAUUUUCUCGGCUAUUUUUCUAUUAAUCAUCAGCCUAACAUGUCCUGCAUAUUGAUUAAAAAUAACUAAAGUCCACAGUUAGAAGUGGACGAUAACUAAACAAACAGAGAUAAGUAUUGAUAAAUAAUUCACUUUCUAAAAUGUAUUUGUCAUCUACACUUGUAUUAUUAUUGAGUCAAAAAUGUAAUAAAUUGUGUUAAUAUAGAAUUGAUGGUUAUAGAUAGUAAUUGAGAUAUCUAUCUAGACACUUUUGUGGCUAAGUUUAUAAUACAUAAGGUGUUGAAGAAUUAAUUAAUUUAAUACGUGGGUUAGCGUUCGUUGGUCCAAUUUUGACGCGAUCUAUAUCACAAAAGUAGUACCUACGCCCAAUCAUUAAUAUUGCAUAAAGCUCUUCCCCUGUUUGCACAUGCGCAGUAGUAGCUUUUUUCCAUACAAAACAAACGACAGACGUGUUUCACUAAAGAAAAUUACAAAUAUCAAACAGCUAAGCAAAACUGAAAUUAUUAGUAUUGAUAUAACCAUUCGUGAAUUCUAAUGGAAAGUGCAAACCAAAACAAACAGAACACAAUGUAAACAUGAGUGAGCAUAAGAUAUUGUUUUGUAUUUUCUUUCUUAUUAUUUACUGCUUCUACAAUGUUAACAUGUGGUUUACGGCUAUGAACAAUCAUGUUGAAGAAACAAAGAUCGAGCCGGUCGAUAAACAGCCGAAAAUAAAACGAAGUUUUUCAGUGAAAAUCCCAAGGCACAAUACAAUUCCAUUGUUCAUGAAAGACGCAUGCAGCGUUUUGGACAUCUUCACCAAACCGGAUAUACACAGGAAACCACAUAAAAACAAAAUGGACUACGAUAAUGGUAUAUCUACAAUCGGUAUAACCGUGUUUCUUGUGAUACUUGUUUUGACCGCAGCUAUGGAUGCAUUUAGAGAAAAAUCAGAGAUGAAAGAGAAAGAAAACACAGAAGGUAGACGGCAGUCCCUCGCAGAGUUUGCCAAUAAAAAGCCAUUGCGACGUGAGUCUAGUAGAUUCGGUUUUCAAUUGUUUCAAAUUUCUGAAACAGAAACGAAAACAGAAGAGAAUCAAACUCGCAAAACAAGACCAUACUUAAGAGGAGAUUCGAUAAAUUCUUAUCUAAGUGACAAGAAGACUAAAUCAGAAACUGCCCCAGCAUCAAUUGGAGAUACAAAUGAACCUAAACUAUUAAAACGUCAAUCUAUCGCUAGACUCAUUGGAGCGCGGCCAAUUCCAAUGGUACGCCGUUCAUCCUUCCCAGUUCUUCCCUUGAACCCCGAAGUCCAUGCGCUGAUGCACCCCAAUCGACAGUCAUCAUUUGACAGCGACGAUGAAGGAGACGGAAAGUGUCGAAGAGUCAGAAUUAUUCGCCGAUACUAAAUUAACAAUUGUAUUAUUAUUUAUGAACAUUUCAAAUUUUAGUCGGUGUCAUACGCUUACUUGUUUAAGAAAAUAAUUUUAAGCUAAGCUAGGAGAAUCGUCAGAGACUCUUACCUAUAACAUCUAAGCCAUUCUUUGCCCCGAUUAAAACACCCUGCUGUCUCAUCAAAGCGUAAACAACACGACGGAAAAAGCACUUAAGUUAAUAGAAUGAAAUUUGUUUAAGUUUUUAUGAAUAAAGUGGUAUGUGAAGAUCGUGUCCUGACUUACGAAACUAAAGUCAGUAAGAAAUUAUAACAAAACUGAUAAAAUUAUUUUUCAAACAGAUUAUCUUUUAAUGUGAAUUCGGUCGUAGGAUAUACGGCUUUCUCAAUAAAUACAA